AUGACGAAAGAAAUCGAAACUCUCACAGAAGAAGAAAGACGCGCACUUCGCGGAAGCAAAUUCGCUCCUCUUCCCACCCUUCCUCACUCCAACAAGCCCAAACCCAGAUUGGCUCAUCCCGGUGGACCUGUUGCCACGAAUAAAGCAGCGGCUUUGGCUAAGUUUUUGGAGAGGAAGUUGAAGGGUCCUAAGGGAUUGACAUCUAUUAACCCUGAUCUUCUUGAACUUGCUGUUAAUAAUGCUAAACAAACUGUUUAUACAAGCGGUACUUCAAGUUCCGGAAGAAAUGUUCGGCACGUGGAAUCCUUUGGCGACUUAGAUGCUAGUGAAGAGGAACGAAAUGAUCUCCUUGAUCUAAAGGAAUGCAAGAAGAAGAGAAAGAAGAAGAAACAAAAGAAGAAAAAUAAAAAAAGAAAGGAAGUUGAAGACACUGGAUAUGCUGUGAUGAAAAAGCCUUAA